GACAUGCUGCGUAUUUAAAAGAACUUUCUUCGCUUUGCCCGCAAUCGUCGCUUUCAGAACGCUGUUUGCCUCUAAGAGUGUGUAGUCGAGGUCUCUUUGUUGGGAAGAAAUGUUGUCCAAGGCUGUUCGGGCUGGUAGUGUACUGAAUUGUGCUCGACCUUUGAUACCAGCUACUGCCAUUAAGCUUAAACGAAGAGGAAUCGAGACAAAAAUUCCACCAGAAACUCCUUCCAGCCUCAAAGGAGAUCUUAAACUCGUCACAGGUUCCUCGCUAUUCAACCCACGUACAGAGUACCGUAUGGUGCGCAAGUAUCAGGGCAGACUGAAGGCAUGUAUCUUAGACUGGGCAGGUACAGUYGUUGACUGCGGYGUAUACUCGCCAGCGGUAGCUUUCAUUGACGUCUUCGCACAGGAAGGUGUACCAAUCACAAUGGAAGAAGCGAGAGAGCCAAUGGGAACUCAUAAGAAAGUUCAUAUUCGUAAAAUCACUGAGUCAGAAGCUGUGCGGAAGCGAUGGCACGAAAAGUUUGGCCGAUAUCCCAACGAAGAAGAUGUGGAGAGAAUGUACCAGAAAUUUAUACCACAGCAAAUCAGCAGUCUCGAGUCCUCGCAAAUGAUUUCUGGCGCUGUUGAAACAGUUAGUUUUAUCAAGAAAGAAUUUAAUUUGAAGAUCGGUUCAACUACUGGUUUUACAUCAGCCAUGGUAGAUAAACUAAAGACCACUGCCUCAAAGCAAGGCUACACACCAGACUGCUAUGUAGCGGCUGACGAGGUACCACAAGCCCGUCCCCACCCCUACAUGGUCUGGCUAAAUGCAAUAAGGCUUGAUGUGAAUCCUAUUCAAGCUAUUGUGAAGGUCGAUGAUACAGCAGAUGGUGUUAGGGAAGGAACAUCUGCAGGAUGCUGGAGUGUUGGUCUGGCCAAAACUGGAAACUACGUCGCUCUUAACGAAGAAGAAAUCGCAGCACUGUCCAAGGAAGAUUAUGAACGUAAAAUUUCGCGGUCCUACGAAAUCCUUUCCAACGCUGGCGCGCAUUACGUUAUUGAUACGAUCAAUGACCUCCCCCCUGUCAUUGAAGAUAUCAAUCGAAGGCUGGCGUCUGGUGAAAAUCCUUAAGCCUCAGGACUGAAUGAGUUCAUUAACUUUUGUAGAUUUGUGUAUAGACUUUUUCUUUUUCUUUUUUUUUCUUUCAUCCUGUCCAUCUUUCUCCCUUUUGGCUUUGCUUUUUUUCCUUUUUCUUUAUUUUUGAAAGUUACUAUUAAAUUUAAUUAUUAAACCAUGUAAAGUAAUCCUCUCAAGAUUUAUUUAAAAUUGUAAUAAUAAAUAUUAUGUGUCAAUCAAUGGUUGUGGAUAAAAACGAUCGAUUAUU